CUAAAGGUAAGAGUUGGUUAUUUUCUGAUGGCAGUAACCAGACUCAACAGAAGCUGGCGAACUUGUCUAUUCUUCAGUUUCUAGGCUCCCCUCUCGUAUCUCCAAGGGGGGUGGGGGACAGGCUCAAUCACUUGGAUUGUCCCCUGCCUAUCUGAAGUUCUCGGGGGAACGAAGCCAAUCCUCUCAAAGUCAUCAGAACCCAGCUGGCUGGGAGAUAUGGCAAGGGCACACCAUAGAGAUGCAACUCUGCCAAGCAUCUUGGUUGGCUUCAUCUUCCUGCAACUCCUGACUUCUGGGAACGGAAAAUCAGAUUUCCAAGUCCUUGGACCUCCUGACCCACUUCUGGCUAUAGUUGGGCAAGACAAAGAGUUGCCCUGCAAACUAUCACUCAACAUCAGCGCUGAAGGCAUGGAGCUGAGGUGGUACAGGGACAAGCCCUCACCAGCUGUGCAUGUGUACAAGAAUGGGGAGGAUGUGUACGAUGAGCAGAUGACAGAAUAUAAGGGAAGGACCUCGUUCAAUGGCAACCAUAUGACCAGGGGAGAGGCCGCUGUGAAGAUACACAAUGUCACCGUGUUCGACAACGGGACUUAUCACUGUGUCUUCAAAGAGUACACAUCCCACAGCCAGGCCACCCUGUGGCUGAAGGUGGCAGGACAGGGCUCAUCCCCCAGAAUCCGUGUGACAGAUACCCAGGACAAAGGCAUCCGAGCCGAGUGCACCUCAGCAGGCUGGUACCCCGAGCCCGAGGUGGAGUGGCAGGACCUCAAAGGACAAGCAGUGCCUGCUGAGACUCACUUCUCAGUUACAGCCAGCACUGGCCUCUUGUCUGUGCUAUCCAUUGUGACACCCCAGGACAGGGCUGUGGGGGGCCUGACUUGCUCCAUCUCCAAUCCCCUCCUCCCCGAGAAGGUGACGGAGACUUACCUGCUUGCCUCCCUGUCCAGAAGGCCUCUGUCCACGGAAAGCGGACCAGCUCUGCCUUUGAUCCUCACAGCACUAGGGUUGGUCUCAGCAGCAAUAGCCUGUGCUUUUGGGAAGUGUCACAAAGAAGAGCAUAAAAGAGAUCAGGAAGAAGAGGACCCAGGAGUGCGUGAUGAGGCUGGGCUCUUCCAUGUGAGUCCUUCCCUGGACCCUGAAACCGCCAGUCCCAAACUCAUGGUGUCUGAGGAUCAGAAAAGUGUGAAGCGGCUGCUAUUUGACCAGGAAGUGUCCCCCAAUUCCAGGAGAUUUGACCAGGACCCCUGCAUCCUGGCUCAAGAGCGAUUUGAGGCAGGGAGGCAUUACUGGGAAGUGGAGGUUGGGCAUAGGAGGGCCUGGAUCCUGGGUGUGUGUUUGGAGAAUUUGGUGCGGGAAGGAAGGAUUCCCAAGUCACCCCCGCAUGGCCUCUGGGCACUAGAGUUUUACAAGAAGAAACUCCAAGCUCUCUCCUAUCCCAGGACUGGCCUGUCUCCUCCAGAGCCCCUCCGGCGGGUGGGCAUCUUCUUAGACUUUGAGGCAGGGGAAAUCUCCUUUUAUAAUUCAACCAAUGGCUCCCUGAUCUAUGUGUUCUCUGGGUUCUCCUUUUCUGGUCCCCUACAGCCAUUCUUCUGUCUCUGGACCCAUGACCCCAGGCCCCUAACCAUCUGCUCAGUGGUCAGAGAGACCAAAGAAGACACAGAAUCUUCUGGAGGUCCUGACCUCCCUGGGGACUCCUGAGAUGUCCUUAAGAGAGAAAAGCUCCUGCCUUCUUGUGCCUCCUAGCUCCUGGCACUAUUUAUCCCAUUCCUAUAUAAAAAUAUGAUGAGACACCAGGGGCUAGAUAGGCUUCCCCUGCCAAAUUUCUGUGCCGAAUGCUGACACCAUCCACCAGGGUCAGGGAGUUCUGAAGGUGUUGUCAUUUGAAGAUAAGACAUUGAAAAUGAUGUGGUUAAGGGGAGUCAUUGAUGUACCUUAACCUCACAGAUCUGGUAUUCUUAUAAGAGGGGAGAUUAGGACUUGGAGAGAUGCCACUCACUGCCAAGGAGACCAACAAUGCCCUGGUCUCAUAUUUGUAGCUCUGGGACUUAGAAAGUGGUUCCUGCCAAGUGAGAUUCCUGUGAAUCUCCUAUGUUGAGUUACUUUGUUAUGGCUGCCUUCU